GAGGGGAUGCCCCGGCGCUCUGCCGCUGUCGCUGCAGCAGAAACAUGGGACUACGACAGUCAGCAGAAAGGUAAGCAACGCAGAUCUGCCAAUUCGACACUCCUGCACUCGCAUCCUGGUUUUCUCCUCCCUCGUGUGAUCUGUCACUCACUGCAGAUUUCCUCAGCAAGCUGUAUGCGCAGAGUCAGGACGGCCCCUCUGCUCGCAGACUGGCGCUCCUGGCCGUCUGGCGCAAAAGGCGAUGGUUCGUGGUCGUGUGGCUGGCGUGCGUGGCGGUGUUGAUGUGGCGGCUGGUGGUGUACAUACUGGGUGCACUGUAUGCUGUGGAUGAGCCGUUUGUGCCCCGCAAUGUGACGGACGUCGAGUUUGAGCCGUCGCGGGUGGGAUUCUUCGCCAUACCCAGAUGGGAGCUCCCCGGUGUCGGUAAUAAAGUGGAGGGAGCAGAGACCAACGGCAGCGGGUUUGAUUUGCAGAUCUGCUGCUUUCGUAUGCGUCUGGAUAUGUUUCAGGCGGCCCCGCGGCGCCCGAUCUCUGGAGCGGUGCCUUCUUUCGGAAUGCAUCAUCACCACAGGGCCGUCGGCUGUCCGCCUUUGAUGACCAGGCUGCCGACACAUCCAACACAUCCGUCCCCCUCCCUCCCGCUCCCGCCCAUCCGCUGCCCACCAACAAAUGGUGGUCCAACCUCAUCAUGCCCCCCGGACAUGGCGACAAACACGGCGUCAACCAGGCGCCAUAUCUGGUGCGUGUGGUGGCCGAUGUCCAUCGGAUCGGGCUGCACGUCCACGCCCCAUACAGCGUGACCUACCAGGGGGGCGAUGGCGACUUUGUCAACACGGUGGAGGCAUACUCGACGCCAUUUGGGCCGGACGCCAUGGGAUGGUUCGUGGGCAUAUCGAUCCCCGUUCGCUCGGCGUAUCGGCAUCUGGUGGAGGACUUCGACGAGCUGUCGGUGACCAAGGUGUUUCACUAUGCCGACAGAGUGUCGAAGCGGGGGAGAUUUAAGACUCUCCGCAGCUGGCUGGUCCGCGGCAGCCCUUUCAUGACCCUAGAGUGGCCCCAGGACCAUUUCGAGGCGAGACCUGUGUACAGAAACCGCAAUGCCAACCUACCCAACACCAUCCUAUGGUGAGAUCAGAUCAGAUCGUGGAUGGGGUGGGGGACGGAUCAAUGGGAUCAAUGGAUGGGGAGUCUCCGUGGAGGGGUGUCUGUGUGUGAAGGUUUGGCACCCCUGGCGAGCAGUACAACUGCACGGAAGACACAUUCGCCAACCAAACACCGGUCAGUUCUAAGGGAUUGAUCAGCGGCUGGGGAGCUUGGUCCGUCCAUAAGCCGCGCGUGUCUGAUGUCUGUCGUUGAUGUGGAUGUGUGCAGGUUGAGUCUGACCUCUUCUACAUCCAGCUGAUGGACGGAUCAGAGUGGGGAUUCGUAUUCUCAGCUCCAGUAAGAUAGAAGGAUAGAUGCACCGCACCGUGGGCACACACAUGACAUGCCCGAGAGAGACAUUCAUUGCUUUACCUACCUUUGUCCAUCCUUCAGGUGGUCCUCCGCUGCCAUUACGACUCCCGCAGCCGCCACUCACUUCUCAAGAGCGACUACCCACUGGCCGAGGGGACGAUAGUGCGUGUGGGUCUCAUGUCUGCGUGUAAGCACGAGCAUGUGGUGGGGCAGUACGACAUGGACAAGAUUAACGCCAUGCACAUGGAGGGAAUCAGACGCCUGUGCGAUGAAACACGAGAGCUCAAGAGGUGAACACAGGCCUGCCUGGCAGGCCAGGCGGCCAGGGGGCAGCCAACAUACAUACCUACCCGCAUUGUGUGUGUGCGUGCGUAUGUGGUGUGGUGUUCAGGAGCACCUUCUGGUCAUCGGCUGUGUGGUAUCCUGUCGGCGGCACUGUGGAAAUCGACCUGAAGGACGGCCAUGCAGACCUGUACUACCGUUAUCGGUAUCGCCGGCUGCCCUCCACUACCUCAUCCCUCAACCAUCCAAAGGCCAUCGUCCUCUUACACGCACUCCACAGGUCCGCACGCACACAAAUAGAAUGGCUGCCGGCUGUUCGCCAAUUACGGCCCGCCAAUGUGUGUUCCCUUCCCCCAAUCUGUGUGCCGUGCCAGGUGGAUGUUGCUGCCUGCAUCGCGUCGCCCUCGGCCACUGCCAGACCCUACGUCGACCGACGACGACCCAGUGCCGCCACACGACUGCAUCGACACUGUCCACGUGAGACACAAAGACAGACCGCCCCACACCCAUCCAGACACAAUGAACACAGAUACCAUUCUGUUCAUCUUUUGUGUAUGUUUGUUUCAGGGCGAGCAGUGCGCGUGGGAAGCCGAGCCAGUGCCUGUGAGUGGGACGGGAUGGAUGCCGGGAGCCGACAGGGCGGCAAACCACUCACACCGGUGUGUGUGUUGUGUGGUUUGGUACAUACAGGUCGAAUCUGCGUCACACAGCCAUGAGGUGGUAGUGGCCUUCAGGCGGCUGCCGUACUCACAGGUAUCGUGGCACGGCCCCGCACCCAUCCCCAAGCAGUGGGCCCUCCUGAUCAGAGAGCAGUUGAUCCGUGACGUCCGCGACAAGAAUAUCAUCCCCCCUCAGAGGGUCAUGAGGGGGCGGGUCGACCCUAUCGAAUUCGGACAGGUGAGUGAGAAGGGACGGACGGACGGACGGACGGCAGGAGGGCCUGCCUGUGCUGUGUAACCAUCCCAUCCCGCUCUCCUUUCAACCCAUGUAUGCAUCAAUCAAUCAAUCAGGUCAUGUACAAGUUUGGCCGCAUGGCGCUGAUCGCUGACGCACUGGGCAAGUCCAGCAAGCGGGAACUCAACUAUGUAAGUGCGUCUGUCUGUCUGUCUGUCUGUCACGAGGAGAGAGAACCAAUCGGGAGGGAGGGAGUAGGUCUGUCUGUGUCUCUUUCCUUUCUUUCGUCUGAUGAUCAGGCCACCAACUACGCCAGGGACGGUCUUGAGCGUUGGCUCAACUUCACUGGGGGCAACAAGUUCAUGUACGACACGCACUGGGGAGGUUUGGUGCCCUGUGGCUGUGAUGUCUUUGAGGGCAAGUGCUACAACAAAGGUACGGUAGGUAGGUACCAAGGGGACAGCACGACAUCCGUCCGCACCUCAAACAUGGUCUGUCUCUGUGACUGGUGGAUGGUGAAUGAAAGGUCCCAUGCAUUGGGAGACGGGGGGAUGCCCCGCCCUGCAGAUGGCCGAUGUCGACUCAGGUGUGCAGGCAAGCUAAGCUGCACACGUAGCGACCGACCGACACGCGUGGCCGGCUGGCCAUUGAUUGGGUUAUCGCCGGCCGCCUGUUGUGUGUGGCUAAAGGUAUGGGUUUCUAUUCGUCCCACAUCAUCGCAUUCGGCUACCUCAUUUUCCUCGCCGCCGUCACGGCAAGAUUCUCGCCCAACUUCCUGACGAGGCGCAUCCAAAUAAGGGUGGGUGGGUGUACUGACUGCAACACAUCAUGGCCUGAGUGUGUGUCCCUCCCUGCGUGUGUUGCAGGUGUCUAAUGGUGUGUACUUGAGUGCUUCCUACCACGACAUAGUGUGGACGUGGAUACGCAACGUGGCCACACCCGGACACAUCAUCGGACAACACACAUACAGGUAGGGAGGUAGGGAAACGAGGAGGAAAGGCCUACGCCAGGCAGGCACCGUGGCAGCCUGUCGCUUGUGCGGCUUCCUUGCGUGCAGCAACGCGACGCUUCAGGGUCAUUUGUCUGGUCACUUUGCUCCCCACCGACACAAGGACUGGUGGUACCUCAACUCGUGGACAUCAGGUAGUAGGCAAAGGGCCGCUGACUGACUGAAGGGACACAUCGAUCUACUCGACUCGCUUUGUGGGCGUGCAGGAAUGAUGCCCGACGGUCGGGGGCCGCGUACCGACAGCGCAUCGGAGAUCGCCUUCGCCUACCACGCCAUUGGCUUGUAUGCACUGGCUGUGGGCGACAAGGACCUGCACACGUGAGAGAGACAACGGCAAGGCUGACUGCAAGGCUGACUGACUGACAUUAGUUCCUUUCUUAACGCUGUGUGUGCAGGUGGGCGUCAUUUCUGACUGGGACGGAGAUCCUCUUCGCCAACGCAUUCAUGCACAUCAACUCAGGUGUGUAUGUAUACCCACAAAUGGUGGGCCAGCAGCAACACCCGUGUGGUGUGUGUCUGUCAGCGUCUGAGACCUACCCCGUGUCAGUCCGUCGCAUGAUGCGUCACGUGGGUGCCUUCUACGACAUGGAGGCCUCCUACUCCCCAGCCUACAGCACCUCACCCAACGCGGCCCACGGCACCCAGCUGCUGCCCCUCUCUCCCCUGUCCUUCGAAGCACUCGAACCCAAGUGGAUGCUCUGGGCCUGGGACAGGUAGGUACCUACCUGAACACACAGACAGACAGACGACACAGCGAGCAUGCCUGACAUGGCAACGCAACGCUUGUGUGGUUGGUGUGUCCGUGUCAGGUUUGAGGGUGCGUGUAAGGGUCGUGACUGCGUGGACAGUGGGUGGGUGAGCGCGCUCGCAGCUGCCCAUGUGUAUGUGCGAGCAGCCGACAUGAAAACCUCACUCAAGAAAUUCCAGGCUAUCGAUUGCUUCAGGGUAGGCACAAACGUGUGUCUCUCAUUCAUUGAUUGGUCUGUGUGUAUGUAUGUGUGUUUGUAGGAGCGGUAUCCUGCGUGUCGGACGUUGAGCAGGAGUAUCAUGUACUGGUGGGGGGCCAUGGUGGAGGCGGUCGACGGCGCACUGGGCGUAUCGGGCCCCUCGCCGCAAUAUGCCUACAACUUCACCGUCUUCUAGACCUUAUUUACUCUGCCUCUCUCUGUCUGCCUAUCUAUCUAUCGGUGUGCAUGUCAUGGACGUAUGUGUGUAUGUGUGUCUAUGUUAUGUUAUGUUUGUAUACUGCCCUCUCUUCUCAGAUCAGGUGAGGUGGACGAACGCAGGUGUGGUGUGGUGUGGUGUGCCAUGGUUUCUAUCUCCCUAUCAUCUAUCUAUUUGUCGGCAUGCCUGGUAUGGAUAUUCCAAAGUGCGUAUGUUCGUAGGUAGGUAUCGGGUGGUUCGUCUUGCAUUUGGCGAGACAUCCAGCCAGCCAGCCCCUUCUGAAAAAGGUCAGUCAGUCAGGCUCUUCCUUCAAUCGAGUGAGUGUUUUGGUCAGUCAGUCAGUGUUUUGUAGUCACGAAGGCCAGUCAGGUGGCGCGUGCAUGAGAUGGUGUGAUACAUGUGAUCUCAGGUAGGUAGCAGAUGAAUCAGGUAGCAGUCAGUGAAUUAAUUAGGUCAGCAGCGUGCCUGCAGUCAUGUCAUGCGUGCGAUUGUCGAUCGACGUCGAGUGAGUGUCAGUCAGCACGAAGGACUAUCUCUAUCUAGUACAUGUAUGUAACGUGAG